AUGAAGGGAUCCCAUUUGUUCCUCUGCCUCCUCUCCAUGGUUUGCUGCUUGAAUUUGAUGGCAACAGUUGGGAACAAAAUCUUCCACUUUGGGCCCUGCAGAGUUUCCAUGAGCAUAAGUGAGAUCAGGUCUGGGUUCAACACAAUUAAAGCCAACAUUCAAGCCAGAGACCCCAUCAGAACCCUCAGCAUCUUGUCUUACCCCCAUUCUCUUCACAAGGUUAAGUCUUCAGACAGAUGCUGUGUCAGCCACCAGCUCUUCAACUUCUAUGUGGACAAGGUCUUCAGGCACUGCAGGACAGAGGAUUCCUACGUCAACCGCAAGAUCAGCAGCAUAGCCAACUCCUUCCUCAGCCUGAGGAGGAGCCUCCAGCAGUGUCAGGAGCAGAACAAGUGUGUGUGUGGCCAGGAAUCCACAGAGAAACUGAAGCAGGUCCUUGGGAACUACGAGGAGCUGAAUGUCACAGCAGCAGCCAUGAAAUCCCUGGGUGAGUUGGACAUCCUGCUGGACUGGAUGGAGAAAGAGAGCAGAAGGCGUUAA